AUGUCGUCGCGAAAGUGUAAAUAUGAUGCUGAUGCAUUUUGUUAUAUAUGUGGUCAAUUUAUUAAAGUUCGAGACGUAAAAUACGAACUAAAGACAUCUUACGUCCUAUGUGAAGCCUACGAAGCAUAUUUUGACUGUCCUGUUCGGCAUCAAGACAAGCCAUGGGCUCCACAUGUUGCUUGUAGUUAUUGUAAAAGAUGUUUGGAAGGUUGGUAUCGAGGUGAAAAGAGGUCCAUGAAAUUUGCAAUACCAAGGAUCUGGCGAGAACCAAAAGACCACGUCAAUGACUGCUACUUUUGCAUUGUGAAUCCUAGAAAAAGACGUAGUGGUAAAAAUGCCAAACCUAUCGAAUAUCCUGACCUUGAAUCUUCUUCUGCUCCAAUUGCACACGACCUGACACGACCCGUACCUGAGCCACCGAAAAAAUUAUCUCAGAAAAGUUGCUCAUCUCUUAGUUCUAAUAAAAAGGCUACAAGGUUGCUGAAGUUGGACGUAAUUUGCACCAAGCAGUGA